CAUCUAAUGGGAGAGACGCCCAUCUCCGUGGAGAUACGCCCACUGGCGAUUGCUUGUUGGGAGCAGUGGCUGGAAGGUUUUGUAAGCACCGGAUCGUUUUUGUCGCUGCAGCCGCACUGAGAAGCGCUGACCCCGGAUCCUGCACAUCACACAGAGAGGGGAACCGGCCAUGUCUAACUUCAACAAGGGACCGGCGUACGGACUCUCUGCUGAGGUCAAAAACAAGAUUGCUCAGAAAUAUGACCUUCAAGUAGAAGAGGAUCUGCGUCUCUGGAUAGAGGAGGUCACUGGUAUGAGGAUUGGUGAAAACUUCCAUCUCGGACUGAGAGACGGCGUCAUGCUCUGCCAUCUCAUGAAUAAGCUACAUCCAGGGUCAAUAAGGAAAAUAAAUGAUGCAAAGAUAAACUGGCACAAGCUGGAGAACAUCGGGAACUUCAUUAAAGCCAUACAGGAUUACGGGAUGAAGCCACAUGACAUUUUUGAAGCUAAUGAUCUUUUUGAGAAUGGAAACAUGACCCAAGUUCAGACAUCCCUGGCAGCUCUAGCUGGUCUGGCAAAAACAAAAGGUUUUCACACUACAGUGGACAUUGGAGUGAAGUAUGCAGAAAAGCAUAGACGACAGUUUGAUGACGAGAAACUGAAAGCUGGACAGAGCGUUAUUGGCUUACAGAUGGGAACCAACAAAUGUGCAAGUCAAGCUGGUAUGACCGCCUACGGUACAAGAAGGCAUCUGUAUGAUCCGAAGAUGCAAACCGAUAAACCAUUUGAUCAGACAACAAUAAGUUUACAGAUGGGAACAAACAAAGGCGCCAGCCAGGCGGGCAUGUCUGCACCGGGAACAAGACGAGAUAUCUAUGAUCAGAAAGGAAUUCUGCAGCCGUUGGAUAACUCCACAAUUUCCUUACAAAUGGGCACCAACAAAGUGGCAUCCCAGAAAGGAAUGAGCGUGUAUGGCCUUGGGCGACAAGUGUACGACCCCAAGUACUGUGCUGCCCCAACUGAGCCCAUCAUACACAAUGGCAGCCAAGGAACUGGAACAAAUGGCUCAGAAAUCAGCGACAGUGAUUACCAGGCAGAGUACCCCGAAGACUACCCUAUAGAGUAUCCUGAUGAUUACCCUAGAGAUUACCAUGGGCAGUACAGUGAUCAGGGCAUAGAUUAUUAGAUUUAUAGUCUAAUCAGUAUUAGGGCCUUAUUUUAUUCUAUGAACACCAAGCUAGCCUUGUGUCAUUUUAUCUGUCUUCCUUAAACACUACUAUGCUUUACUAUGGAAAGAAAAUUUGCCUUAUGUACAUUCCUUUUUUAUUUCUGCCUUGUGUCCCCUAGUUGCCUUGUAGUGCUAAGAUGGAGGUUGUCUUGCAGCGUUACACAGACACUGCAUAUGAAGUAAAAGGAAUACUGUGAAUAAUGAAGGGAGAUUUUGUACAGUCAGUUAUGCUAUAUUGGGACUAUGCAUUUUUGCUACACAUAUCAUGGUGCACGCUAGGAUCAUAAAAUUCUACAGCGCUUUGUGUUUUACUAAAUGUCAUUGAUACAUGAGACCAAUAUAAUGAUGAGAGGUAACUUCUUUUUUUUUUUUAAACAAAGUUUUAAGUUUCUCUCCUACUAUUUUGUCUACACUAUGCUUGUGUUUCCCUGAUAUGAAGCCAUUGUCUAUACACAGUACACAGAACCAAUAUUCAUGUGAUUUCAGCCUAGCCAUUCUGAGUGCGAUUGCAGUCAGUGAGGUUUUAGGCAUGAAGUACCUCAUGAUGUAGUGAUGUCACUAGCUGCAUAUUGGUUUGGCCUGCAGACUAGCUCCCUCGUCUGUGUGUGGCUAAUGGCCCCACUUUUUUUUUUUUAAUAAGUAACAAUUGCUUUGAUAGUUGUAAAGUGUUCUAAUCCUUGCCUUGACCUGUUCUCUUGGGACCACUUGUCAGCGGUGGUGCAGCAUGGUGUUAAAUGGGAUAGCAUUCAGAGUUUUUGCACAUGCUAUGUGACCUAUGUGGAUAAAUACAGUGACAUUGCUACAGUUUUAGAAAUUAAGAUUGUUUUUAAAUGGCAGACUAUAUAUUUUUCUAGUGGAUGUUUUCUAACUGCACUCUCUCCUGUUUCUCCAUACUUGAGCAGUCAUACCCGAUUUAUACCACACUCCCCCUUUCUACCUGUACAGUGUUGAGGAUAUACACAGAUUACAGUCUUAACUCAUAAUAAUUUUUAGCAUUCCCUUAUGGCAAAACUGUGCCAGACCAUGCUGGGACAGGUUGGCCAAGCCUGGUCUAGGUAAUAGCUAGAAUGUGGUUGCUAUGGGCAACAUCUUCACUUUUGAAAACCCGCACUUUAGUAAAUCUACCCCUUUGUGUGUAGAAAUUCUGGAAGAACAGGGCUCUUGGUGCCGUUCCAGCUGCAGACCUGUUCAGGAAGCAGAAUUUCACCAGUUGGUAAGCGCUAUGUUGGCAGAAGUGGGGAUCUCGGUAUGUGAAUGAUUUAAAUUGUGCUGGAAGAGCUGAUUGUGCGUUACUGUAGACAUUUCAAUAGGUUGAUAUCAUUUACUCACCAAUUUUUUUUUCUUAUGACCUCUAUUUGGUUUUAAUGAAAGGGAAAAUUACCCCUCCCAAACUACCGAAAUAUUCUUCACAGCAUAAAACAAAAAGCUAAAUGUUUAUGAUUAUAUGCAUGUAUGUUUGUGGGUGCAUAGUGUAGGACACUGGUUGCCCCUGUAUUACCGUAUACCAGAUAUCAGGAUUUCUGACAUAGGGCAGAUUCUGGGCACCUUAUGUCUUGGACAAGACUUUGUAGUGCAUGCGCGUGACCAGUAUCCUCUAUUGCCUACACCUUGGCAGCCGUUUUGUGCGAUGGACUAAUAUUCAGUCCCACAAUUUCCUAUGGACUGACACCACUCUGCCUCGCUGCAGGUCACUGGCGCAUAGUGAAUUGAGAGGCAGCAUAUUGAUGAGUACUAUUGGUAAAGCCAACAAAAUUGCUACCUGCAUUUUGACCUAGGCGAAGGAAGCUAUUUACAUACUUGGCAUUUCAGCAGUAACUCUUCCAGGGUUAAUAAGUGUUUUAGUGUAGUCUGCACCUAUCCCUACUGAUCACAACAUUCCAGAAUGUAAAUGGUAAUUCAUGUUCUAACCUGGCAGGGUGCGACUGCCCAUUGUGGGACCACAUAAUCGGUGAUGCGGAGCGUGUAGAACACAUUUUCCUUGUGUUCUUGGCCUGAAAACCUUACACCUUUUUUUAAAGCUUGCACUGUAAUACUUAACUUGUCUUCAAAGGGAGCUGGUCCAAAGAUCAGGACAUGGUGUUUCCACUGCCCCAGGGCUCUGCAGUAGAUUGUGCUGCGGGCAUCUUUUGGGCAUCAAAAGCUUAAAAUGACAGUGCAUUAACAAUGUCUGUGCCAUAUUCUAUCCAUGUAGAAGUGCUUGGUUUCUUUUGUUUGUGUAUUUAUUGCCACAUUUCUCAGCAUAAACUGAUCCCAGUGUAUUUUAUUUUUUUUAAUAAAUAAAUUGUUUUAUUUUUUUUCCUUUUGAAUCUCAAA